GACAAAAAGUCCAAAAAAUUCUCUUUCUUCCAUAACCUCUGUCCUGGCCACGCUACACGGCAUUUAUUCCUGUCGUGUUAAAAUAAAGCAAUCAUGGCUGUUGGUAAAAACAAAGGCCUCUCCAAAGGAGGCAAAAAAGGUCUUAAAAAAAAGAUUGUUGAUCCUUUCACCCGUAAAGACUGGUAUGAUGUUAAGGCACCAUCAAUGUUCACCACUCGCCAAGUUGGUAAAACUUUGGUCAAUCGUACCCAGGGUACAAAAAUUGCAUCUGAAGGUUUAAAAGGACGUGUAUUUGAAGUAUCACUUGCUGAUCUUCAAAGUGACGCUGAUGCUGAAAGAUCAUUCCGCAAAUUUCGUUUAAUUGCUGAAGAUGUACAAAAUAGAUCAGUACUUUGUAAUUUCCAUGGUAUGGAUUUAACAACCGAUAAACUUCGUUCAAUGGUCAAAAAAUGGCAAACAUUGAUUGAAGCUAAUGUUGAUGUCAAAACAACUGAUGGUUAUUUACUUCGUGUUUUCUGUAUUGGAUUUACCCAAAAAGAUCAAAUGAGCACCAGAAAAACUUGUUAUGCUCAACACUCACAGGUACGUAACAUCAGAAGAAAGAUGGUUACAAUCAUCACUGAUGAAAUUACCAAAUGUGACUUGAAAGGUGUUGUUACCAAAUUGAUUCCUGAUGCAAUUGCCAAGGAUAUCGAGAAAGCAUGUCAAGGAAUUUAUCCACUUCAUGAUGUUUACAUUCGUAAAGUUAAGGUUUUGAAAAAACCACGUUUUGAACUUUCAAAACUUCUUGAACUUCAUGGUGAUGGAGGUGGUAAAACUGGUGAAGUUGGUGAAACUGGAUCAAAAGUUGAUAGACCAGAAGGUUAUGAACCACCAGUCCAAGAAACUGUUUAAACAUUUUCUCAAAUAAAAAAAAAAAAUAAACAAAUCUCAUUUUGUUAACAAAUUUA